ACCAUCCGCUGUCUUACUCUCUUGUGUAAUUGAGGCCUGGUGGCCGGUGCCGUCGUACACGAUUCAGGCCCAAUUAAAUCAUUCGAUCAUCGUUCGCUGGACUGUUAAACCCCGCAAUUAGGGUUUUACUUCGCUGUCGGAACCCUAAUUUGACUCUGAUUCUGCUUUGUUUUCAAUUGGGGUUUUUCCCCCUCUAUGGAAUCCUAAUUUCACUCCCGAUGUUGUUUUGAUUCCAAUUCUUAUCUUCAUUCUUUAUUUAUUUUUCCCUUUGCAUCAAAUAAUAUCAAAUAAAGAAUCGGAUAUGGCCGGUACUAAUAAUCAAAUCGAUUCAGUCCAAAAUCCCAGAAUGACCUGGGAAGGUUGCAGCGUAUUGCUCGACAUCAAUGAUGGCGAUCGUUUGGUUUUCGCUCGUCUGUCGGCCGCUGCGAAACUGAAAAUUGGAAAUAAGAAUUGCUCUCUGCAGCCAUUGAUUGGCUGUUCAUUCGGCUCCGUUUUUCGUGUUGAAACUGGAAUUGGAGGCCCUUAUUUGUCUCGCUUUAAUCCCUCCUCAGAAGGUAAUAAUGAUAAAGAAAAUAAUGGAUUCCAAUCAAAGGAAGAGUCCAGAGAUAACCGAGCACUGGUUGACGACAAUAAAGCUCAGAGUCUAACUGGUGAAGACAUAGAUGCAAUGAGAAGAGAGGGCGCGACAGGUGAUGAAAUAGUUGAAGCUCUCAUUGCCAACAGCGCUACAUUUGAAAAGAAAACAUUGUUCUCUCAGGAGAAAUAUAGGAUUAAGAAGCAAAAGAAAUAUGCACCCAAAGUGCUUUUGAGGCGCCCAUUAGCUCGGAGUAUAUGUGAAGCUUACUUCAAGAAAUAUCCUGCAAGAAUUGGAUUUUUGAGAGUGGAUACGUUAUCUCUUCUAUUGUCUAUGGCUAAUGUCUUUGCAAACUCUGAAGUCCUUGUGGUGGAUAUGGUUGGAGGUUUGCUUACUGGUGCUGUGGCGGAACGAAUGGGAGGUAUGGGUCAUGUAUGUAGUACAUAUGCUGGAAAUGCACCUUAUCCUAUGGAAAUAGUGAGGAUAUUCAAUUUUGGGAUUGACAUUUGCAAGAGCAUUUUACGGUCUUCUCUUGAUAGCCUGUCUUCCUCCAAAAAUGGAACAUCCAAACAAAUUGGUGAGCAUGAUGAUUCUCUUAGCGUAGAAGGUGGCUUAAAAGACCAAACUUCUCCAGUGUGCCCGGAGGAAAUUUGUGAUGAAUCUGAAAAUGGGAAAUCUAAUAUUCUUCUCGAGGAUAGCCUAUCUCCUGUGAUCAGAAGUUGCAAAUCUGUAAAAGCUGGAGAGAAAGCACCGGAAGAAGUCGUUAAAUUGUGGAAAGAAAAUGGGUUUUCUAGUCUAAUAGUCGCCGCACCAGAUCUGGACCCCUGGAGUUUAGUUAAAGAUCUCUUGCCACUUCUGGCAAGUUCAGCAACUUUUGCCAUUUAUCACCAGUUCCUUCAGCCUCUUGCGACCUGCAUGCACAAUUUACAGCUCGAGAAAAUGGCAAUUGGCUUGCAAAUUUCAGAACCUUGGCUACGCGAAUAUCAGGUCCUUCCGUCAAGAACUCACCCUUGCAUGCAGAUGAGUGCAUUUGGUGGAUACAUUCUUAGCGGCACUAAAAUAUGCAACGUCUAGUUUGCAAUAGUUCGUGUCGGUUGUCUGGUGUUUUUCACUUUUAAUUUAUCUAUUAUUUAAGCAAACGUGCAACUGGUUCCGCAUAUUUUCUACGUGGGGUUGCAUAUUCUAAUUCCGUGUAAUAUAUGUAUUAUUUAUGGCAAAAUUAAUUUAUAGUUUUCUGGUCUAAUAUAAGUUACGAUUAUGAUACAUUUGCGUCGUAAUAUUUGAUUAGUGCGGCGUUUUUUGUCUAGGUUACUUGUACGUCGUCUGUUAUCAUAUACCUCAGGUAAUACUCAUGAUCGGAUAAGAUUUAACCUACAUCUUGUUAAA